UCUCGUCGGUUUGUCAUUGAUGUAACCCAUCCGGUGUUUUCAAACUUAGCCCAGCGUUAGCAUGAGUUCGUAGUUUGGGUUUUUUAAUUUCUCAUCUCGCUGCGAUGCCUGCUGAAAAUCUGCGAUGGGAAACUUUAGAGGCCUUAAAGAAGUCCACCAAGGCCAAGAUCCCGUUCGACCCGUACUGGUCCGAGAGGGGAGAGGACAUUUUGGCGGGCUGCAGAGAGGACCUCAGCUUGUCCCCGCGCUCCGGGGUCGUUCUGGAGCGUCUGGGUCCUUUACCUCCACAGACCUCCAGGAGCUUUCUGGGCUCCAGCUCAGGAGACUCGAGCCCCGGCCUCUCAGAGGAGAACUCUGCGUCGGCGUCCUCCUCGGGAUCCAUCCCGGACAUCAACGGGAGGAGCAACACGCUGCAUUCAGCUCCGCCUUUUAGGACGGACAGUGAGCAGGCUGUCGAGCUGAAGGAGGAAGAUGCAGAUAUCAGCGAUGUUUCCACUCCUGUUUCUCUUCCCACCAUUUCUCUCCUGUCACCCAAAGCCAUGGAGACGGCCGGACGCAUUCUCAAGUUUGAGGAGAAACAGCGGGAAAAGGCGAAGAUGGCGCUCAAACUGCGGCAGGAGAUGCAGGAGAAGCUGGUGGCGGCGGUGGCGAGCUCCGAGUCGGAGCAGCUGAAGCGUUUCGAGGAGUUCAUGGAGCUGAAACAGAGACAGGAGUACCAGAGCAUGAGGGACAUGAUGGACCGAGAGACGAAAGAGAGCAUCGGGCGACAAGAGAAGCUGAAGGAGGAGCAGCGACACAGGAUGAAGAUCCUCAACCUGCGGCUGCGGGAGGCGGAGCAGCAGCGCCUGAAGGAGGCGGAGCUCGAGCGGCAGCGUCAGGUGGAGGGCAGGGAGAGGCUGAGGAACCUGAACACCAUCCAGGAGGAGAUCCUGCAGCUCAACCAGCUGCUGGAUCCGUCCAAGCUGUCCAAAACCGACCUCCCCGCCGCCAGCCUCAGCUCCCUGAGCGCCCGCGGGAACCAGCUGUGCUCGCAGGUGUCCGAGGUCGUGAGGAAGACGGCAGAGGGAGAGUUUCCCAGCGUGGAGGACAUGGCGGUGGCCGAGCGAGCGCUCCACGAGAUGCGGGCGCAGAUCCGGCUGAUGCAGGAGGAGGUCGCCGAGGCUCAGGAGCAGAAGAAGAAGGAGCAGGCGGAGGAGAAGGAGGAGCUGAGGAAGAAGGCGGCGCUCCAGGCGCAGCAGGAAGCGCAGAAGAAGGCGGAGCAGUCGGCCAAAGAGAAGGCGCAGAGGAAAGGUCUGCAGAACAGCGCCGAGGACGGCACGCUGAAAUGGUUCAAGGAGCUGCAGGAGUCGGCUGCUCAGUGCGCCAAGUCCUUCGAACAACUCAGCUCCCCGAAAGACGCACAGACUAAGAAGCUCAAGCUGGAGCUCCAGAAAGCCGCCAGCAUCCCCGUCAGUCAGAUCUCCAGCAACUCCGGAUCACAGCUCCGAGAAAUCUUCGACAAGAUCGACAAGCUGGUGUCGGGCCGGGCGGUGGUGUCGGGGGGGCGCUCCGUCUCCACCUCGCAGCAUCCUAAAGGCCUCGACUUCGUCUGCUACAAACUGGCUGAGAAGUUUGUGAAACAAGGAGAGGAGGAGGUGGCGUCCCAUCAUGAAGCGGCGUUCCCCAUCGCCGUGGUGGCCUCGGGCGUCUGGGAGCUUCACCCUCGAGUCGGCGACUUCCUCCUCGCCCACCUGCACAAGAAAUGUCCGUACGCCGUCCCUCAUUACCCCCCGAUGAAGGAGGGCAUGGCGGUGGAGGAUUACCAGAGGAUUCUCGGUUACCGCGUGGACGACUCCGGGGUCGAAGGUCAGGACAGUUUCCUGAAGAGGAUGUCGGGGAUGAUCCGUCUCUACGCCGCCAUCAUCCAGCUCAGGUGGCCCUACGGCGCCAAGCAGGGGUCUCCUCACGGUCUGAACAACGGCUGGCGAUGGCUCGCUCAGAUGCUCAACAUGGAGCCGAUCGCCGACAUCACGGCGACGCUGCUGUUCGACUUCCUGGAGGUGUGUGGUUACGCUCUGGUGAAACAAUAUCAGUAUCAGUUCUGGAAACUCAUCCUGCUGCUUAAAGAGGAAUAUUUCCCCAGGAUUGAAGCGGUGACCAGCACGGGACAGAUGGGCUCCGUCAUCAGACUCAAACAGUUUCUGGAGACGUCUCUGCAGAGCCGACAGAUCAGCCCGCCUAAAGGCCAGCUGAGCGCCACCUUCUGGAGGACGUGAUGGAGGAGGGCGGCGUGAUGGACGCUGCUGGGUGACGGCGUUUAGGACACAAUAAAUCAGAGAGGAAACGAUGAAGAGAGACUGACUGCACGGUCGCCUUGACGAUGUUUGAACGCUGAGCUUUUUGUCCGUUUGUCUUCAUCAGGAUGAGUUCGAGGCCGCAGCUCGAUUUAAAAACAAAAACAAAACUUGAGCCUUUGUAGAUCAAACGGCGACAACAGUCAGGUGUUCUGGAAGUCCAUUUCUCUUCGUGAUUGAAAUUAAAAGCAUCCUGUGAUUCAUUAGAGAGAGGAAUAAUCAUCAAAACACCCGUCCUCUCAGUUUACGGUGUCUGUGGGUUUCUGGGAGUUGUAGUUCAAACAUGCAUCUGUAGUUCUAUCACCGCUGCUUCUUCCAUCUUUAAAAUGCUCCUCCUAAUCUUUGAGUGUGUGUAACCAAAGAGCAGAUGUAACGAUGGUGUGAACUAAUCCUGCUCUGGGUUGAGAUGUGAGCGUCUCCUGCAUGUUGACCUUUGAACCCGCUCAGCGAACUCACUGUCGGGCUGUUUGCUUCACUUUAUCUCUUUUGUGUUGACGUCCAGCUGGAGGUAAAUACGAUUUAUAUUCUGUCUGUUUUUAAGAAGUCUCCACGGCCUCUGUUCAAAUCAAAAAUAGAGUUUCAUGAUAUGAACUUUGAUAUUUAUUUUAUUUUUUUAUGUAAUCCAGCGUGAGGAUGGCGGGUUAGAGCUGUUGUUGAAUCAAUGUGAGCGAUGUUUUCACCUCCCAUCAGAAAUGUAAACGUGCUGACGUUAUCGGUCAGGAUUUCAGAAACGAACGAUUCGGUGACGUCACGUUGAAACAGGAAUGUGACUGAGUGGAAGUGUGUGUGUGUUUAAGCUAUAAUGUUGGUUUUUACAUGAGAUGUAAUCUGCAUUAAAUUCACAAAUGUCUGAAAUAAAAACUUCCUCUGCAGUUUAUCGGAUACUUUCA